GCUUGCCAUUUUCAGGCGCAGAUACAAAAUGAAGAGACAACCAUCAUUGGGUAUAUAUAGCGAACUAGAUAAACACCUCGUAGUAGAAGCUUUCCUUUCCCCCAAAAUCUUUCAACCAUAUCCUACAAUCAUGAGUACUAUACUGUAAAACAUCACUUUGCAUCCUUACAUAUCAUUACUAUUUACACCCGCUUCUUUAUUAUGCUUUCAAUAUAUCUUGGGUGCUAUUCGAGCAGCUCGAUCGGUUCUCUCACGCCUACCAGGGCCAUGGUAUGCUUCUCUGACAACUUUACACCUCAACUAUGGAUUUUCAAGAGGAAUCAUAUGGAAAAAUGUAGAAGAGUCCUAUAAGAUCUACGGUCCAAUAUUUCGCCUUGGCCCGCGCCAAAUUUGGAUCUCCGACAAGGAUGCAAUGAAAUGCAUCUUGAUGGCAACCGACCUACCAAAGGUGACUAUGUACCCCGAAAUUUCGCGGGACCGUUUUAGUCCGGGGCUAUUUGGAGAAAUUCGACGAGAACCUCAAAAGCGCUUGAAGUGAUUCCUAUCGUCGGCAUUUUCCGUGUCCUAUGUUGACAUUCUCGAGUUUCUAUUCUCCAAAUACCUUCAGGAUCUUAUCCACCGAUAUAUUGCCUUGCCCAAUUCACCAUCAUCAGAGAGAAAAAAAACAAGCCGGCAGUUACAGACAUGAUAAAUGAUCUACAUAACGUUGCUCUUGACAUCAUGGGUGAAUGCUCAUUUGGGAAAGGCUUUGGACAAACGAAUCCAAUCGAGAAUAUCGAUUUCGAUCUCGUUAAGAGUACUUGGGAGAGAAUCGCAUCUGCCAUAUUCAAUGGAAUGAGCAAAAGAUAUCAGGCAUGUCUUCGUUUUUUGACUGCACCUUAAUUGUCGCUUUCAGCUAGUAUCUAGCUAGUUUCUCUACGUGAAACGCUUCCUCAGAAGGAUUGGUUGUAAGGUAGAGUUUGAUUGGCCGAAGAAAAUGAUUAGUGCAGUGACAGAAGAAAGAGAAACUAAUCGGGAGAAGGUCCGGCCAGACCUUCUUCAGCACCUGAUAGAUGAGGGUCAGAACCCAGCCACGAGUAUGAAAACGAAUGUUAGAGAUGCCGUUGAUCAGAUGUCCGAGAUACUACUCGCCGGCUCAGAGACUACAUCUGGCAGCAUUGCCUGCUUCUUCUUAGAGAUUACGAGAAACACAAGUGUCAAAAAGAAGUUACUGAAAAGUCUUCUGAUUCUCAGGCCAGAAGAUCUAAUUAUUUCUAGCAAAGUCGUCAGAAAUGGAACCGAAUAUGAGUAUCUAGAGGCAUGCGUCAAGGAGACUCUGCGGAUGCACCCGAUUGCAUCUGAAAUGGGUCGUAGAACAGGGGCAGAGCCAAUCGAGCUAAUGGGUUAUCUCAUACCUCCCCAUACGGUUGUUUCGGCUUCUUACCGCGAACUCCAUCGCAAUCCAACUCCCUGGCCUGAACCAAUGCGGUUUUGGCCCGAGAGAUGGCUAAAGAAUCGACCUGAGAGCGUUCCACCCCCUGCGUAUGUCGCAGAGUUCUUGAAAAUGAAAGCACACGCUGAAUAUCUUAGUCUGCAAGCAUACUAUCCAUUUUCCACAGGCAAGCAUUCCUGCGUUGGUGUAAACAUCUAGCUUUGCAUGGGCAGAAAUCAGAAUGGUUACUGCGAAUCUGCUCACUCGGUAUGACUUCUGUGAGCUCCCGAGACAAAACAUUGAUUGGCGACAAUACGUUACUAUGCAAUUUGAAGGAGGGUCUUGGAAAGCGUCUCUAAUGCCACGUUACGAGGUCUAAACCGUGAAUUUGAAAUUUAGACUCGUCCAUACAGCACUGGUAUCUUUCGUUUUGGAUUCGUUUCUCUCUGAAAUUUUAACAAGUAUUUGAUCAGUCGGAUCCGCAAUGUUUCUUAAAAUCUGAUCCCACUCUUCCCAGUCAGUAGAAACGGCUUGGGUCUAACAAAUAUGAUUAUCUUGUCAAUUUAUACACGUAAAGAGA